UUAUAAUGCCCGAAAGCAAUAAAGUCCACAAAGCAAGGCCCAAACACUCAAAGCGGGCCACAUUCUAUGCAGGCCGACGGAUAAAGGUUAUAUAUAAGCGCAUAUAACCCUAAUCCCCCAAACCCUAGCGUCUGCUGCAUCUCGCAUUUCUCAAGAGGUGGUAAAGUGAGCUGCCUGAGCUUCAGCAAUGGCGACCGCGAAAACUGUCAAAGAUGUCUCCCCUCACGAGUUCGUGAAAUCCUACGCCGCCCACCUCAAGCGCUCCGGCAAGAUGGAGCUUCCCGAGUGGACUGAUUUGGUGAAAACCGGUGUCCUGAAAGAGCUUGCACCAUAUGAUCCUGAUUGGUACUAUAUCAGGGCUGCUUCCAUGGCUCGUAAAAUCUACCUGAGGGGAGGACUUGGUGUUGGUGCUUUCCGAAGGAUUUAUGGUGGAAGCAAGAGGAAUGGAAGCCGACCACCCCAUUUUGGAAAGAGCAGUGGGUCAGUUGCUCGUCACAUUCUUCAGCAGUUGCAGAAGAUGAGCAUUGUUGAGGUGGACCCGAGAGGUGGACGAAGGAUCACAUCCAGCGGGCAACGGGAUUUGGACCAGGUGGCGGGCAGAAUUGUUGUGGUUGCACCAUAGGUUAAAAGUAUUUAUUUUAGAGGCUUUUGUGUUUCGGCUUGUUGGGAACUUCGGUCAAAAAAAAAUCUCACCAGACUAGUUUUUGGUUUUUCAAAUGUCUCAUUUUCUGUUUCUGAUUUUGGCUGUUGGUUUCAUUUUCAACGAGAUAUACUGUGGAUUAUGAGUUAUGUUUGGAUAUGAUUCAGUUUUCUGAGUAAUGGGUGAGUUGCCUUGUGCAUGGUGAAAGCAGAAAGCAUUUUUAUUCAGCCUUGCAAAUUUAUGGAGCAGUGUUACGUAGUG